AUGGGUCGUGGCAAAAUCGAGAUAAAGAGGAUCGAGAAUUCGAAUAGCAGGCAAGUAACCUUCUCCAAGAGGCGUGCUGGGUUACUGAAGAAGGCUCAUGAGCUCUCUGUUCUCUGUGACGCUGAGGUUGCCGUCAUAGUCUUCUCCAAGUCUGGCAAGCUCUUCGAGUUCGCCAGUACUGGGAUGAAGAAAACAAUUUCGAGAUACGGCAACUACCAGAGUUCUCCAGAUGCUGCUCUGAUUAAUUGUAAAGCAGAGAACCAGGAGGACUGUACAGAGGUGGAUCAUUUAAAGGAUGAGAUCUCAAAGCUUCAAGAGAAACAUUUACAACUGCAGGGUAAGUGCUUGAAUACUCUGAGCUUGAAAGAGCUUCAACACCUCGAGCAGCAACUAAAUGUCGGAUUGAUAUCUGUGAGAGAGCGAAAGGAACUAUUGUUGAUUAACCAACUUGAAGAAUCACGGCUCAAGGAACAGAGAGCAGAGCUGGAAAACGAGUCCUUACGUAGACAGAUUCAACAGCUCAGAAGCUUUCUCCCGUCGAUCAACCAACACUUUGUUCCAUCCUACAAUAUUAAAUGCUUCACUAGAGAUCCCAAUAACUCUCUCUUUAACCACUCUUGCGUUGACAACAUGAAUUCCAAUUCCGACACAACUUUGCAAUUGGGGUUGCCGGGAGAGGCACAUGAUAGAAGGAAGAAUGAAGGAGACAAAGAGAGCCCAUCAGGCGACUCAGUGACAACUAGCUCGACCAGAGAAACUGCACAAAGGAUCACUCUAGUUUAG